UCGGUUGUGUAUGUUUUUAAAACAAAAAUUUCAUAAUUAAAUUUUUGUUUGUUAAAAAAGAAAAAAAUUUUGCAGUACAUUAAAUCAUUUUUUUUUAACUCUUUUUAAGCACGUAAACGGUUCCGCGUUUUUUUCUUUUUCUUUUUAUUAAUUUAAUUCCUAAUCUUUAAAUGUUUUUAUCAAAAGCACCUUAAAAAUAAAAGAAAAAAGUGAAAAAAUAAAAGUUUAAUUCUAAAAAAAAAAAAAAAUUAUCAAAAAAAAAAAAAAAAUUGUUAAAAAAUAGUUGCUAAAAUUAAAAUAAUUUGUAAAAAAAAGAGAAGUGAAAUACAAAAAAGAAGAAGAGAGAGAAAAAAAAAAUUUUUUUUUUUUUUAAUUAAAUAAAAAAUAAUUUCCAGUUUUGCAAUAAUUAAUCAAAAGAGAAGAGCAGGUUUAACCCGUAGUUUUUUUUUUUUAAUUUAAAAUUUUUUAUCAAAGCGAUUUUGUAUUUGUUUGUUUGUUUUUAUUGUUUUUUUCUUCAUUAUUAUUUUUACAUAAUUUAUGCAAAUGUGACAAAUUGUACAAAGUUUGGUUUUAUUUUUUUUUUUAAAUUUAAAAUAUCAAAGCAUAGUGAGUGUGUGAAAGAAAAAAAGAAAAGAAAACGCGAAAAAAGAGUAUAAAAAAAAAGAAAGAGAAAGAAAUAUAUAAAAAAAAUUAUGUGUUAGUUAAAAAAAAAAGAGAAAAAGAGAAAAAAUAAUAAUAAUAAUAAUUUUUAAUUAUAAAAGUUAUAUAAUUGUUAACGUCUUUUAAAAAAUCUAAAAAAAAAAAAAAUAGAAAAAAAAAAGGAAAACUUUUGCUUUCAUGAAAGUGUAAAGUUCAACGCAACCCUGCUAAACAAGAAUUUAAAAUAAAAAUUUCAAAAGAAUUUUAUAUUCGUUUUAUACGAAAAUUUCCGAGAGAUAAAUAGAAAAUAAUAAGAGAAUAACUUCGAUUUUCUUCCAAACAAAAAAAAAAUUUUGAUUAUUAUUACAAUAGCACUCCCCUGACAAGUUUGAGCUUAACUUAAAAAUGAAGGGUUGGUUCGACGCUUUUCGAGACGAUGGUGGACCUACACUAUAUUCAUUUUCAAAUCGAACGCCAGUAACUGGUGAUGUAUCAAUUGUAGCUGUGUCUGUCCUAUUUGCAACUAUUUAUUUAGCAUUUUUAGUAAUAUUUCCAGGUGUAAGAAAACAGAGAUUCACAACAUUUUCGACCGUGACUUUGAGUCUUUUUGUUGGGCUAGUCAUAUUUAUAACAAGAUUAGGAUCUUCAUGGCAUGUGGCAUCUACAACAAUUGUUGCACCAUAUAAAGCAUUUUCAAGAGAAAAAAUUGCAGCACGAAUCGGUACACAUAUAGGAUUAAUGCAUGUCAAUGUAACAUUAUCAGCUUUACAAAUUGGUAAUUGGACUGUACCUGAUAUCGAUUAUAAUGAACGUUUUGGUUGGGAAGGUGCUACCGAUAUGAAAGCAAAUUAUCAUGAAGCAUUAAAACGUGGUUUACCAUAUCCAAUAUUAACGGUAGCUGAAUAUUUUAGUUUAGGACGUGAAGGUUUCUCAUGGGGUGGACAAUAUAGAGCUGCUGGUUAUUUUGCUAGUAUAUUAUUAUGGGCAUCGGUUGCAUCAUGGUUACUAAUGAAUUUAUUAUUAGUAGCUGUACCACGUUAUGGUGCAUAUAUGAAAGCAUUAACUGGUUUUUUAAUUGUAUGCACAAAUAUCGGUUAUUAUUUGUUAUUACCAAAACGUCCAUUAACCAUUUAUCUAGAAGGUGGUAAAUUGGAAUUUCGUUUGGGUUGGUGUUAUUGGUUACUAUUAGUUGCAGGCAUUCUAUGCUUUUCUGUUGGUAUUAUAAUAUCAGUUGUUGAUUUAGUAUGGCCGCAUACAUUUUCAACAGUAUUAGAAGUCUAUUAUGAUACACCAUAUGAUCGUCAUGUUAUUUUAGAAGAAUCACGUGAUGUUCGUUAUCGUAAACGUAAUAGCAAAAGUUUAGAAGAUCCACAUGGUGGUCUUGGUUCACGUAUAUUACGUAGAUUAUCAUCAAAAAAUAAAGAUAAUAAUAUGGCUGGCCCAAGUACUAGUUUAGAUAAUCGUAAUACAGCAUCAAGUAGCGGAAGUAGUAAUAAUACUGGUCAUGGUGGUGGUGGUGUUCGUUCAAGUAGUACAGGCUUUGAAAAUAAAGCAUUUCAAGGUGAUGUUCCUAAAUCUCCAUGGAGAUAUCCAUUUAGAAGAGCACAACAAAUUUUACCGCCAUCAAAUAGAAAUUUAAAAAGAACAAUAUCACAAGAUAGUGCAUCUAGUAUACAUUCAGCUAAUGUACAAAUAUCACCAAUGCAUAAACAAGCUUUAUCAAGAGUAUUACCAAAACCUCCACUUGAACGUACAAGAGAUAUGGUACAUUGGUGACAUAUACCUUAUUAUUAUUAUUACUAUAAUUAUUAUAAUCCCCAACCGAUAGAGUUUUAUAUAUAUCAUGAUAGAAAUCAAAAUUAUUUAUGAAAUGCGCACACACACACAAGCAAAUAUAAGUUUAGGAAUUAAAUUAAAAUACCUUUGAUGUAUAUUUUUUUUUUAUUUUGUUUUUUUUUUUUUUUAAAUAUUAUAAAUGUAAUAUGAAUAUCUUAACGAGUGAUUAAAAGCAAUUGUGAUAAUUAUAUAAGAUAUAAAAUACUAUGAAAAUUAUAAAAUUAAAGAAAUAAAAAAAAAACAUUGUAAUAAAUUUACUAACAAACCAUAAUAUCGAAAUUAUAGAAAUACUUUAUUAAUACACAAUUCAGCUU